AUGUUCACAGAAGGUGAAUUGUUUCAAUUUAAUUUAGAUGUUUUAUUCUACGUCGGGUUAUGGCCAAAUGAUGGUUGGACGGGGCAAAAGUUGGUGCUGUACCGAGCAUUCGAGUACUUCAUUCACGGGCUGGCUUUUACGUUCAUCGUCAUAACUAGCAUCGGUUCCUACAUGGUGCAAAAUGAUUUGCCAGUAUUCAUGUCCAAUUUGGACAAAACCUGCGUCGCAUACAAUUUCGUCGUCAAAGUGUUCUUCUUUUUAAGAUCGCGGGAAAGACUGAAGGGGUUGAUAAAGGAGAUCCAAGGGUCUGGAGACCGAGUCACUGAGGACCGUAAGAAGCAAAUGGCGUACUCUCUACUCGUUAUAAUCGUUUUAGCUACCGCCCUGACGUCCGUCUUUUGCGGGAUUUCGCUGCUGAAAGGCGAAAUGACUGUCGUAGCGUGGGUGCCGUUCGACGUUAACAAGAGUUUCAUGAAUUUGUUUUUAAGUGUUCAAAUAUUAUCGGGGACGUUCGUCGUCCCCUGUCUAUACCGGGGGUUGGCUAUGCAGGGCGUUAUAUGCAGCAUCGUGAUGUACUUCUGCGAUCAAUUGGACGAUGUGCAAUGUAGAUUGAGAGGGCUAAUGUACUCCGAGCGAGCCAGUCACGAAAUAAAAGAGGAUAUUAAAUGGAUUAUUCAGAAGCACGUGCGGAUUAUAAGAUAUGCGAACACUCUGAAAGGAAUCACCAAAGAAUUUUUCCUGAUACAAAACCUCGCUAUGACUUUUGAAUUGUGCUUGAACGCGAUUAUGGUGACAUUGAUGGGAUCAGAAAACAAGACAAUGCUUGCUUCGUUCCUAGCCUUUUUGUCUCUUGCCCUGAUCAACGCCUACAUUUUCUGUUAUAUUGGAAACGAAUUGAUUACUAAGAGUAUUGGUGUAGCGAAUGCCGCAUAUGAGACGAGCUGGCUGCAGUGGCCGGUCCCCAUGCAAAAAUAUGUACUCACCAUACUGACUGUCGCGCAGCGUCCGCUAGCCCUCACCGCGGGCGGUAUGAAGAUCAUGUGCAUGCAGACCUUCGGACAUGCGCUGUACAACGCUUAUUCUCUGUUUACGCUGCUGAAUGAUAUGAUAGAUUAA